CUCAAUCCUCAUCCCUGUAACUCUUUAGUUUAUUAGGUACUUUCAUCAACUGUGAUCGCAAGGCAUGCAGAUGAGUCGUAUGAACUCCCCGUCCGUCGGUAUGGAGGAAGACAACGGCGUCGGGCAUGCUUUGAGUGACUUCUUGCUACAACUUGAUAAUUAUACUCCAUCCAUACCUGAUUCUGUUGUCGCUUAUUACCUGAAUAUGUCUGGCUUCGAAUCUCAGGAUCCCAGAUUGAUUCGUCUCAUCGCGUUAGCCUCCCAGAAGUUUUUAUCAGACAUAGCCAAUGACGCAUUACAGCAUUGCAAAAUGCGUACUUCAAGCCAACUAGCGCAGAGUUCGAAAAACCAAAAGGGGCCGAAAGAAAAGAAAUACAUCAUGACAAUGGAGGACUUAGUGCCUGCGUUACAGGAAUAUGGAAUUAUUGCGAAGAAACCUCACUAUUUUGUAUGAGAUUUUUUUGGGAUGGACUGAGUCUCAACACAGGUUUUUGGUGGGCCAAGUUCAGUUUCAAUGUAAUACAUUAAUUUAAAGUGACAUUGGAGACAUGUGCGUUUAUCCUAUUGUUAAAAGUUAUUAGUCAUUUGCUAAUAGGUGGUUGGGUUCUGAUGUUUUUUUCACGAAAUUUUCACUUUGGCAGUUAAAAAACAUGAAUGUUAUGUCUACGUUUCGUUGAACUAGAUAACAUCAAAUUUUACUUUUAAAAGACUAACCAUUAAUAAAAUUAAGUGAGUAUGAUAUUAUAAAAAAAAAAUCUUA